CGGAAGCGUGGCGGUUCCCUUGGCGACGGUUUCCAGGAGACGCGGCGGCGCGGAGGGAUGCUCGGGCCGCCCGCCGCCGAGCUCCAGCGGGAGCAGGACGCCGACGAGGCCGAGCCUUCCCCCAACACUUACAUCCUAAGGCCUUUCUUCCAGCACAGGUUCAGGCCUUCGAUCGUGAAAGGAUGCAUCCACACAAUACUCAAGGAGGAACUGGCGACGGCUCAGUACGUUCCAGAGAAAAUUCCCCGUCUCACGAAGGCUUUGUCAGAGACUAUUAAAGAUAAACUGAAAGAAAUGGGAUUUGACCGGUAUAAGAUGGUGGUGCAAGUGGUGAUCGGAGAACAGAGAGGCGAAGGCGUGAACAUGGCUGCCCGCUGCUUCUGGGACGCCGACACCGAUAACUACGCUUACGAUGUUUUCAUGAACGACAGUUUGUUCUGUGUCGCGGCUGCAUUCGGCUGUUUCUAUUAUUGAUGCUUUGAAGAGCGCGCCAAAGGAAAGCUCAGAGACGUGAACUGUUUUCUUUUGCCGUACCUCCGGAUUGAACUUGGAUUUUGCCAGGAUAAAAAGGAGUUUGCGGCUUGUC